CAGUAUUCAUCCAGAAUGCAGAAUACAACUUGAAAUCCAGGAAGAAGAAAAAAAAUGUAUGGAACGUUUAAAGAAUGCCAAAACAGUGAGUUAUAAAGGAUGUGCUGGGUUCUGGGAUAACAUUACCUGCUGGCAUUCUGCGGAAAUUGGAGAAACGGUGACAGUGCCUUGUCCAAAAGUCUUCAGCAAUUAUUUCAGCAAACCAGGAAAUAUAAGCAAAAACUGUACAAGCAAAGGGUGGUCAGAGAUGUUCCCACAUUUUUUCAUUGCUUGUGGAUACAAAGAUAUUGAAGACAACACGGUCUUCUAUGUUUGGGUGAAAGCAAUUUAUACCCUCGGACACAGUGCUUCUCUCAUUGCUCUGACCACAGGAAGCAUUAUUCUUUGCCUUUUUAGGAAACUUCACUGCACUCGGAACUACAUACAUUUGAAUCUGUUCCUGUCUUUCAUUUUAAAGGCAGUCUCUGUCUUAGUUAAGGAUGAAGUCCUCUAUUCCAACACUAGCACAGAGGAGUGUCCAGAAAAUCAACCUUCCUGGGUCGGCUGCAAGGCUAGCUUGGUAUUUUUCCAGUACUGUGUAAUGGCCAAUUUUUAUUGGCUCCUAGUUGAAGGACUUUAUCUCUACAUCCUCCUCAUGGUCAUAUUCUCUUCUAACAGACACUUCACCGUAUAUCUCCUUAUUGGAUGGGGAAUCCCUACAGUUUUCAUCAUCACGUGGAUAGUAUCUAGAGUGUAUCUAGACAACACUGGUUGCUGGGAUACAAACGAUCAUGGUGCUCCUUGGUGGAUUAUACGAAUACCAAUCCUAAUUUCCAUUUUAGUAAAUUUUAUACUUUUCAUUAGCAUUAUAAGAAUUCUGCUGCAGAAGUUAAGAUCACCGGAUGUGGGAGGCAAUGACCAAUCACAAUACAAGAGACUUGCAAAAUCAACGUUACUUCUCAUUCCACUGUUUGGCGUUCACUAUAUGGUGUUUGCAGUCUUUCCGAUUCGCAUUUCUAACUACUACCAGAUCAUUUUUGAAUUAUGCCUGGGUUCUUUUCAGGGACUGGUUGUUGCAAUCUUGUAUUGCUUUCUGAACAGUGAAGUUCGAGGAGAAGUGAAAAGAAAGUGGAGGAGCUGGUGUCUGAAUGAAAGAAUGGGCCGCGAUUACAAACUUCACAGCUCUUCUGUUUCUCGAAAUGGCUCAGAAACCAUCUCCCAUUUGCAUCGCAAUUCGGCCACUCAGUUUUCUUCCCAGACAGAAACCACAGUGAUAUAAGUCAUGCAAGUGCCUACAAAAAACUGUGGGGCAUAUCACUGGCUAUCUAGUUCAUUCAUCAUGCUAUUUUGUAACUUGUAGGGUUUGUACUCCACUUCAUCUGUAUGUCAAGAUGCAGGGGUUUCCGUCGUAUGACAGCUAUUCUUUUGAACUUGUUUUUAGAACUUGGCUAUGAUGGAACCCUUUUCCACUAUUAAUCCCCCCAAACUGUAUGCUGCACAUAGGCGUAAGGGUUGAAUAGGCACCACCCACAAUUGGUUUAAACUUCUGGAAAGUCAUCAUAUCAUGCAGCAAUAAGUAUCAACCAUUGGAGAAAUAUUUCUUUUUACUGAGUUGGUUCCAAAGCAGCUCUCCAAAGGUUAUAUAUUUAGAUAUUAAAUCCGCUACUGCUACUGUCCUCUUGCAGCAUCUUGACUCUCACUGGGGUAAGUUCCUUACAGGUAGUCCUUGUUUAGCAACCACAAUUGGGACCAGCAGCUUGGUGGUUAACCAAACCAGUCGCUAA